UGUAUAGUCACUCCGGUGUCUAGUGCCAUAUUGCUCAGUGGCCACGAGGAGUCGCGGGGAGUCCGGGGAAGCAUAAUUACCGGGUGAAUACCGUACCUUUCGGGACCCCUGCGUAGUGGAGAGCUUCCCGGGUGAUUCAACUCCGCUGACAUCGGCUUCAUCAUUCAACCCGUCGUCCCCAACUUCUCUCAAGCGAUCCUCCCUCACGCCUCUCUCGUCGGUCGAUCAUGAAAGUCGCAUAUACCACGCCUCUCCUCCGAUAAAUCUCCCACACAUCCCCUCCCGCUCUCCCUAGCCACGAUGUGGCGGGAUCGCACCAACCUCUACAUAUCCUAUCGCCAAUCCUUCACCCACCACCCCGCAAAGAAGCCACGUUUCGGCACCUCCAAUGGCUUCGACGCACCCUCUCAACCGGAAGAAAGCCGGCGCCUUAUCUCCGAGACGGGCGGCUUCGAAGAAGAUGGCGACAUGGUGAUCGAGAUGGAUCUGCUGCCGCCGCGCUGGGUAGACGUACAAGACGAAGUUUCGGAGCUGUUGGCAGAUAUUGCGCAAAAGUCGGCGGAGCUGGAUAAGCUGCACCAGAAACACCUGCUUCCCGGAUUCGGCGAUGAGGAUCUCAGAAGACAGGAUGAAGGAGUUAUUGAAGGCUUGACGCAGGAUAUCACGCGCAGCUUUCAUAAAUGCCAGAACUCAAUUAAACGCAUUGAUUUGAUGGUGCGCGAGUCGAAGCAGCAGGGCGGAGUGACUAGCGGGGAGGAAACUAUGGCGAAGAAUAUACAGAUCUCCCUCGCGUCUAGGGUGCAGGAGUCCAGUGCUCGUUUCCGAAAGAAGCAGAGUACUUAUCUCAAGAAACUACGAGAUCUGGAAGGUCUAUCAACACCGUUCGACCGCUCACCAACUCCCGUGCAAAAUCCAUUCACGGAUCCUUCCUUGAUGGAAUCGGAAGUGGACAAGUCCUUCUCUCAGACAAUGUUGAUGCAGACACAACAACGGGCCACGGGACAAAACGAUGCAGUCAUCGCGCAACGAGAACGUGAAAUCAAUGACAUUGCAAAGGGCAUCAUUGAGCUCUCCGACAUCUUCCGUGAGCUACAAACCAUGAUCAUCGAUCAAGGGACGAUGCUGGAUCGCAUUGACUAUAAUGUGGAGCGGAUGGGUACCGAGGUCAAGGCGGCAGAAAAGGAACUCAAAGUGGCUACGAACUACCAACGACGUAGUACGAAGCGCAAGGUCAUGCUUCUGUUAGCUCUUGUGGUGAUAGGUUUGAUCGUUGUUCUGGUGGUGAAACCGAAGAAACACAGUGCCCCAUCCCCGUCCCCGGAACCUGAAGAGGAGUCGUCGAACAAUAUCAGGUCUGUCCUGGUCUCGCUUGACAGAGUGAGCAGACAUCCGACUUCCAGGCGAUUCGCUCGAGAUCGCUGGAUAGAUCCGGAUAUAUUUCGAUGAUUCUUUUGUUCAGCGUACACGUCUACAAUUACUUAAUAUACCAAUGGGAGAAUGAUUCCUAUGCCCAGCUACUAUUCCACGUGGCUACAUGAUACAACUAGAUCUCGCACAGUAAAUACAGUGUUUGUUACAUCAACAUGGAUUUAGUCAAUACCUAACACAACUUGGAUAUCUUGAAAUUGACUCAUUCAAAAAUUGAACAGCCCUCCCACGCACAACAAUGAAUAGCAGACAGAGCCCGGAAGACGGAGGGCAAACGCUCCAUGAUUACAAACGGUGCGAGUUCGACCAGAUCACCAGAUGAAAACAACCUCUAGAUCACUGGUUUCCUUCCUGUGCAAUCAUAGCCGCCACAUCGGCAUCCAAGUCUCCACCCGCAAACUCUGCAUAGUCCUCCUCGUGCGCCACCUUGCGUCUCUUGGCAGCCGAUCCAGUCGCAGCGAGGUCGAAGUCGUUCUCACCACCGGGAGAGAUAUUGGAUGGAUCGAAUGACAUAUCAUUGUCCGUUUCAAGGCUGAGGCCAUGUGGAAGGCUUAUUGGUGCCUCCUCCGUGAAUGGGCCAUGGCUGGCCUGUGGCUGCUCGGGCUUCGGUGAUCCAACGGGUGUGAUAGCCUCGACUGGGGGAGGAGUCAGAGCUUCAAUUUCAGGGCGAGGAGGCUCCGCGUUGCCGUUACCCUGCCCGGUAGCAGUAAGGGAAUCGUCAUCUUGAUAGCCACGCAUAAUCAGAUCCUCGACCUCACGUCGCUUUGUGUCCGUCUCGGCCUUUUUCUCUCCAAACUGUGCCACGAGAGACUCCUCCUUUUCAAGCUCGGAGCGGUUUGUUGCGAGGAUUUUCUCGAGCCCGUCGAUCAGAGCGCGGCGCGAUUUGAUGACCUCUGAAACGGAAUUCUCGGCAUGCGCGAGAGCCUUCAGAAGAGUUCCCAGGCGUGCAGCGAGCACCGGAGGGGUCACCUUUGGACCUUGUGGGUCGUUCAAUUUGAUAUACUCGGUGCUGGCAGUGGUGGCAGAGGUGUUGGAAGUCAUAGCCGCUUUGGUGACAGCGACUUGCAGGGGGACCAAAGGUUGGAGUUCGGACGGAGUAGCUCCCGCAGAGGAAUCCUUGAAGAAUGAGCCACCGAGAGGUUGUUUCUUGGUAGUUAGGCGGUUCUUGUCAAUAUCUAUUAAGCCGAUAAAGUUAGUCGUGUGAUGCAAGAGGUAUGUUC